AGAUGGGCGAGUAUCUGCAGGAUCUAGCGAACUCUUCGCAGACCAUAAGACCCGAGAACUACUAUCAAUUUGUAGAUAAAGAGGGUGUAAUCGACAAAUGGCUGCUAGUGAAGACCCCAGUCCCUGUUGUAUCAGUGAUAGUGGUCUACCUGAUUUUCGUCCUGAAGGUUGGUCCCAACUACAUGAAAAACAAGGACCCCUUUGAACUCAAGAGACUGAUGCUCUUCUACAACCUACUUCAAGUAGCCUACAAUGUCUGGAUGUUGCAUCUCAUAUUCUCUUCGAGUUCAGCUGUCACCUACCUAAUCAACCACAGUUGUCAUCCGGCAGAUCCAAGAAAUACGUUCGGUCUACGAUACAUUUUCCAUCUGUCAGCGUGGCACUACCUUUGCUCUAAAAUCAUAGACCUGCUGGAUACGUGCAUUAUGGUCCUCAGGAAAAAACAAUCCCACGUGACCUACCUCCAUCUGUAUCAUCACGUUGCCAUGGUAUUCUUCACAUGGGUAUCCAUGAGAUACAUAAAAGCCCAGCAAGCGACUCCUCCUAUCAUACUGAACAACUUUGUCCACAUAGUGAUGUACAGCUAUUACUUCCUCGCCUGCUUUGGACCACAAGUGCAGAAGUUUCUCUGGUGGAAGCGGUACUUGACCAAGUUGCAGCUGGCCCAGUUCGGACUUGUGAUAGCCUAUCUCGCCUAUCUCUACUGUAACAGCUGCGACGUGUCUCAAGCCUUCAACAUCAUCUGGAUCACAAACGUCUCAGUCAUCGCAGUGUUUUUUAUUAACUUCUACGUACAAACAUACAUACUUAAGCCUAAGCGCUAUCACACCAAGAGCCAAUGAGAACAUAAUGACCUAAAUUUGUACUGAUAUGAGUGUAAGAAGUGUAAAUAUAUUGUGUGUUGUAAUAUUCUAGUAGGAUAUAUUGUUGAUAAGAAUAUCAAACUCGUUGAAAACCCCUAAUUUUGAAUGACAUAUAGAUUUUUUGAAUCAUAAAAAAGUACAAGAACUUUUACUUUUUAUUGGUUUACGAUAUAUUUUUGGUAAUGAUACGGGGUAUAUUUUAAAUAAUUUAAAAUGUAAAUAAACUCAUUUAACUCGUAUUACUCCU